AUGGUUGAAAAUCUAUCAUCUCAAUUGCCAACGUUAGAAAAAUAUAUUGGACGUAUUAAACGACAACAAACUGAAGAUAAAGAUUGUCUUAAAUGGGAUAUUGAGAAAGGUUUACCGCAUCUACCGGUGCCAAAUUUAGAUGCUACAUUAACUAAAUAUCUUCGUUGUUUGGAACCAAUACAAUCAGGAGAUGAAUUUGAUCGAACAAAAAUUUUAGUAGAUCAAUUUCGUUCACCAAAUGCUAAUAUUGGACAACGUUUACAAGAUAUGCUUAUCGAACAUGCAACAAAAUCUGAGAACUAUGCUGUAGAUUGGUGGUUAGAAGAUAUGUAUCUUGCAAAUCCUCUUUCAUUACCAAUUAAUUCAAAUCCAGCAUUUGUUUUACCUCAACAACAUUUUAACAAUACAGAAAAUUAUUUAAAAUUUAUUGCUAAAUUAAUAUCAGGUAUAUUAGAUUAUAAAGUCUUAAUUGAUGCUCGAGCAUUACCUAUUGAUCGAGCAACAAGUCGUGAAAAAGGUCAACCAUUAUGUAUGGAACAAUAUUAUCGUUUAUUUUCUUGUUAUCGUAUGCCUGAUAGAAAUGUAGAUCGUCUUAUACAAAUACGUAAUAAUAAAGUUAUUUAUCAUCAAGGCGAACAUGUUAUUGUUGCAUAUCGAAAUCAAUUUUUUGUUUUAAAUGUUGUCAUUAAUUUUACACGAUUAGAUGAAGAUGAUAUUUAUACAUUAUUAAGACGUAUUGUUCAAAUAGCAGAUGAUGAUCCAUGGGCAACUGAUGAAGUUGGCAUUUAUACAUCAUUACCAAGACGCACAUGGGCAAAUGUCAGAACAGAAUUGGUGAAAGAUGCAUUAAAUCGAGAUUCACUUGACCUUAUUGAACGAUGUAUAUUUCUUGUAUGUUUGGAUCAAUCGGAGACAAAUGAUUCAGAUGAAGAAGAUGGUUUUGUCAGUUUUAGUAAAGCAGUAAAACGUGAUUUUGUUUCAUUAGGCGACCAAAUAUUACAUGGAGGAAAAACUAUGCUUAAUGCAUCAAAUCGUUGGUAUGAUAAAACUAUGCAAUUUAUUAUUGGUACCGAUGGUUUAUUGGGUUUAAAUUAUGAACAUUCACCAGCUGAAGCUAUAGCUGUUAUUCAAUUGAUUGAACAUCUUUUUAAAUAUAUAGAAGAAAAAAGUCAUGAAAGAUUUCGUCGUUCAAAAUCAUUAUGUGAACUUCCAAUACCACAUCGAUUAAAAUGGAAUUUAAAUAAUUUUUUAAGACAAAAUAUUUCUUUAUCAAAAGAAUUAUUAAGAGAUGCAAUUAAUGAUUUCGAUUUAUAUAUUCUUAAAUUUACGGAUUAUGGAAAAGAUUUUCCCAAACAACAUAAUAUGAGUCCUGAUGCAUUCAUUCAAAUGUGCCUUCAAUUUACUUAUUUUAAAAUGUAUAAUAAACUUGUAUCAACAUAUGAAAGUGCAUCAACACGACGAUUUCAUUUUGGUCGUGUUGAUAAUAUUCGAGCUAAUACACCUGAAGCACUUGAAUGGGCACGUGCAAUGGUUGAUGAAAGUGGUAAUAUAUCUGCAGCUGAAAAAUUACGUUUAUUUCGACAAGCUAUGCAAGCACAAACUGAUCUUAUGAUUCAAAAUAUUCUUGGUGAUGGAAUGGAUUGUCAUAUGCUUGCUCUUAAACAAAUAGCACGUGAUAAUAAUUUUUCAAUACCAGAUUUAUUUCUUGAUCCAGGUUAUGCAUUAAGUAAUCAUUUUAAUUUAUCAACAAGUCAAGUAACAACAAAUAUAGCUAAUUCAUUUAUUUGUUAUGGUGCAGUUGUACCCGAUGGUUAUGGUUGUUCAUAUAAUGUUCAUUCAGAUAAUAUUCUUUUUUGUGUAUCAUCAUUUAAUAGUUGUUCAACAACAAAUUCACGUGAAUUUGCUGAAUCAUUAACUGAUACACUUUAUGAAAUUCGUGAUCUAUGUACACUUGUACAACGUCAACAACAAACAAUAGCUCUUCGACGUCCAUCAUAUGCUGCAAAAUUAGCAGCUCAGAAAUUUAUUUCAUCUAAUUCAAUCGAAUCAAAUGAACAUAACAUUACUUAA